ACUGAAACGUUCUUGAAACGCUCCUGAACUCUGAAUUAUCUCACCAUGCGACUCAGGAGUUGUUUUUCGAGCGUGUGACUGCGUCAUCGCAGAAUGUCGACCAGCACCGAGCUACCGUUACACUGCCUGACCUGUGGAGAGGCGUGUGGGUUUGGGGAGCACCUUUCCAGCGUCCGCUCCUGCCAAGAACUCUGUCUGACCCCUCGCCGGAGCUCUGAGGGCGGACUGAUGUCCCUUUACGCCCAGCGAGAGAACGAAAUCGACCGCCCCCUGCGGCUGGAGCUCCUGGAUGCCCUGAGUUUGGCUCGUCCGCUCCGAAAGAUCCUCUUCCAGAGGGACUCACCAUCGUCUCUGUCUCCAGUGCUAGCGGUCGCUGUGAGCUCCAGAGCUGCAGAAGCGGAGGCAGACACCGGACACGCCGUGGCCCAGCUGGGAGUGCCGUGGCUGGGCAGGCUGGCGCUGGAGGCCCGGCUUCAGCAGCUGGCGCUGGAGGUGCAGGAGCGCGUGUCGCUCAAACUGGAGACGCUGCAGGACGAGGUGCAGCAGAGGAGCGCGGAGGUGAGGCGGGCCAGGAGAGAGAGCGAGCGCAUGCACAGAGAGAAGCGCCAGGCGGAGGAGCGGGCGGCCGAACUGGAGCGGCAGGUGGACAUUUCCGUGGAGAUGCUGGCCAGCCUCAGAUACGAGCUGAGAAAGAGAGACGAACAACUGCAGCGCAAACAACAGGAAGUGUGUGAGCUGGACAGGUUUGUGCGAGACACGGCGCUCCAGGAAGCCAGCGCAAAGAUCCGUCUGCAGCACUUCAUCGAGGACCUGCUGGAGAGAGCCGAGAGAGCCGAGACGCAGCUGCAGAAUCUUUACGAAGAUGUCACUUCCCCUCACAGACACCUGGCAGGAAGCAGAGCAUCAGGCUACCAGAGGAGUUACAGCGUGUCUGGGAUGAGCAGGAGAUCUUCUCAUGUGUCUGAUUACAGAGCCACUCAGUACUACAGGUUCGAGCGGAGGCCCCGCACGCUGUCGGUGGGUUCGGGCGGCUGUGAGGGGCACUGGGGCAGACGGCAGGAUCAGCAUGUGUAA